GCGGUUGAGAUACAGAAAGCAAGCAAGAGCAAAAGUCAUUGAUAUAUAAUUAUGUCGGCUAAGAUAGAGAGCUACUUGCAGAUUGCCCUUCUAUGCGAUUUUCAAAAGCUCAAGUAACAUCAUAGAAAAUACAAAAAAAGUAGGAAAAUCUACUGUUAAGAAAAGGGGAAUUUAAAAAGGUUACUGAUUCAUCAAAAGGUAAAAUAAGCUUUUAGAUAGAAUGGGACUCCCAUCACUCGUUUGAGUGAAUUUAAUUUUCUCUAGUAAGUCUAAUAUAAUUUGACGGCUAUUCGGUGGUUUUUUCUACUGUGCCUUACACGUGGUAAAAUUUAAACGAAAUUUAAAUGGAAAAUUUAAAUAAAUUCUGUGGAAUCAAUAGGCGUUGUAACAGCAAGCUGGCAUAAUUUAAUAAUAAUAAUAAUACAUUUAAAUUCUAUGCUUUUACGUUGAUGUGAUGAACUUUAUCACACGGUCCGCGAUUAGUUAUCAAAACAAUAUAAUGAACCGGUUUUCUAGCUUAAUAUGCCAACUUUAUCAGUUUAAAAAAGCCAAUGCGUCUAGCCGCCGUCUGGCCUAAUAUUGAACCCGUUUUGCGUGGAUAAACGUCAAACGAAAAUCGUAUAAAUUGCUGAUGUGCCCAUCGCGACCGUGAUAGUAUUAAAAAGAACUUCGUGCAGUUAAUAUCCCCAAAAAUAAAUUAAAAUGAGACUCCUGUUGGUUGCGUUCAUUGCGGUAGCCACGAUUGCUUCGGCUUCGGCACAGUUUGGUUUUGGAGGAGGCUUUGGUGACGGAUUACAGCAGCAACAGCAGCAGCAGCAAGAAGGAUUCGGUGGUUUUGGUGGUGGAGAACAACAGCAGCAACAGCAGCAGCAAGAAGGAUUUGGAGGUUUUGGCGGCUUUGGUGGUGGAGAACAGCAGCAGGAACAGCAGCAGGAAGGCUUCAACGGCUUUGGUGGCGGUGGACAAGAGCAACAGCAGCAGCAGCAAGAAGGAUUCGGAGGCUUUUUUUAGCGCAUAGUUUAAAAACAAAUCAGUUUUAAUACUUUUGAAUUGUAGCGCCAAUAAACAACUGCUUGCAGGAAAUCUGUCAAGCAGUUACUGAUGUAAUUUAUUCGUAACUAAGCAGUGCGCUGCUUGCUUAGCUCAGGUCCUUACAUUCGCAUUUGGCCCAUAGAGGGCAACCAAUGCGAAGCAAGAAUAAUCGUUAAAAAUUAAAAAAGUUCAAUGGAGUGCCGAAUGAGGUCUGAUAAUACGAAACAUGAGAAAUAUUCCAUAAAUUUAAAGGUGCAACACUU